AUAUUACCACAACAUAUUCUCAAGUCCACCCUGUCACUGCCCCUUAUAUUCACUCCCUCCCCUUCAUACCUCCCUUCAACUUCUCUCUCUCUCUCUCUCUCUCUCUCUCUCUCAUAGGACUGAUUGAUACUUCACAUUCAUAGUAACAGUUUGUAAUUAAGCUGUUCUGUUGUUCCAACAUGACUAUGAGUAACAAUGUGGGCCAGUUCGGAGAUACAACGUUGACCAAAGUGUUCGUCGGAGGAUUGGCAUGGGAAACUCCGAAGGAGGCCAUGUGGGAUCACUUCGAAAAGUACGGCGAGAUCUUGGAGGCCGUCAUCAUCUCUGAUAAGGUCACAGGCAGAUCCAAGGGCUACGGCUUCGUUACGUUUAAGGAUGCGGAGGCGGCUAAGAAGGCUUGUGAGGACGCCACGCCGAUCAUUAAUGGCCGCCGAGCCAACUGCAAUCUGGCUUCGCUUGGAGCUCGACGCCCUAGAUCAGCGCCAACCAUGGUGCCGCCGCCAUCACUUCCUCCCCAAGGAUCCAAUGUUGGAGCGAGAUCUGUGUCACCGGUACCUGCUAGCCACGUGCAGUGGUACUACCCGGCGGGGACCCCACCAACACAGUUUCGUCAACAGCACCAUCAGGCCGUCCCUUUUUAUGGAUACUCUCCGACCUACAUUGCCUCAGAUAUGAGCUACAAUCAUAAAGUAGGGUACACGGGGGGAGGUGGGUCGUACAUGAACAUGAACGGCCAAUUCUCUCAAGUGUAUCCGGGUCAAGCAGCCAUGGUGGGCGGUGGGAAUGCAUUGAUGCCUAUGUAUCCUCUGUAUCACUUCCACCACCACUCACAGACCAUGGGCCUCCCUGCAGCAGCUCACAUUUACUCCCCAACAGCAGCUGCAGCAGGCCCAAUUCCCUCAGUUCCGGCCCUCAUCUCAAAGCCCACGCCCAUGAUGGCUCCAACCACAGGCUGUGGAAUAGGGGUACAGUUGGCACGGGCUAAAGUAAGAGGAAGAGAGCACACAAUUUUUUUAUAAAAAAAAAAAGAGGGGGGAAAAAAUAACAAGAGGUGGGAUGGUGGUGGCUGCUCAGAACUACAUUAUUAUCUAAUCUGCUGUGGCUCUUCUUUCCAUCUUAAUUUUUCUUUAUUUUUGGAUUAUAUUCAUGUUUUUAGGUGUUUCUGAUUAUUUAGAUUCAUUCAUUCUCUCUAACCUCGUUUGAGAUCUGAAAGGAAAAUCAUUGUAACAGAAGUCAUGUUAAGUAUUCCCGUCUUAUAUA